AUGGCGGACGCAUCCAAGACAUCGAAUUGGUGGGACGCCUUCCCUGCGCCCCGGCACACGGCACCCCUACUCCCACGCGAAGUGGCCCUGCCAAAUCUCACAUCUCCCGACCUGUUGAUUGUGGAUGUACGACGCACCGACUACGAGGGCGGCGCCAUCUAUGGGAGUCUAAAUCUGCCGGCGCAGUCCUUCUACACCAACUGCGCCGUGCUCUACGAUCUCUGCAAGCGAGCGCGAUCGAGCGCUGGCAGAGGGACACGGUGUUCAGGAUGGUUCGCCGACUAUCUGGCUGAGAAGGGCGACUCUGAGAUGCAGUCACUGACGCUCGCUGGAGGAAUAAAGGGGUGGGUCAAGGCUGGCGAGGCAUACACGUCCAAGGUUGAUGGCUACGAGCCUGAGUAUUGGAAGCAGUUUGACGAGAAGAAAUGA